UUUCCCAUGAUGCCUUGGGAACAGUGGGGGAGUGGCGUUUCUCUGGCUCCGCCCCUCGCUCCUGUCGCCGCGGCGACGUGAGAACGAUGAUGUCAUGGCUGACGACGGCUCCCGGCCCCGCCUCCGCGCGGCGGUUGCCGUGGCGCCUGUCGCUGGUGGCCGUGGAGAUGGCGGUGGGCGUGUCCCUGAGUGAUGUCACUGUGGCUCCGGAGCGCCCCCUGCUGGACCACAGCGCCCCCCCGUACAUCAGCACCGAGCACAGUUACGGUCGCUCGUCUUGGCUCAGUUUGGGGAUUUCUGCCCGGCGACAGCAGAGACAUAGAGCCAAUCACAGCGCUCGCAGACGGCCCCUCCCCCUUCCUCCCGUGCCGACCAAUGGGCUCACAGCGUCACUGACAACUACCCAAUCAGCUGUGAGCGCUGAUCUGCCCGGCAACAAGAGAGACGUGAAGAGAGUUUCUCAGAUCCGGAUUCGUCGAGCUUCACCAAAAGAAACAAACCUCACCCCCCUGGGCCUCCCCCGAGCCAAACGUUUGAAGAAGAAAGAGUUCAGUUUGGAGGAAAUCUACACAAACAAGAACUACAGGUCUCCAUCUGCUAACAGCAGCAGUCUGGAGACGAUCUUUGAGGAGCCGCGGGAGAAGGACGGAGCGCUGCUUCUGAUUGGUCAGCAGAGACGGCGCCGCCUGCUGCACUUUCCUGAUUUCACCCAACCACGGAAGAGGAAACGCCCCGCUCCAGGCUUGGGGCUGGUUGCCAUGGUGCCCAGGAAGCGGGCGGCGGCCAGACGUGGUUGCCGUGACGACGACUGUGACUCAGACGUGAUGCUCCUGCAGCGACUGAGCGCGCUCCACGACUUCCUCCAGCGCCAAGGCCUGGACCAGGACUCCUGAUCCAGACCCGGUUCAGACCGACCCGGGCUGUGUCUGAAUGUCUCUCCUCACCCCUCACCCCGUAGCAGUCUGGAUCUGUCCUCCUCGUCAAAGUCACUCAGGUCACGACAGUCGAGUCAUGUCGAGUCACGACAGUCGAGUCACGUCGAGUCACGACAGUCGAGUCAUGUCGUGUCAUGUGACUCUGGUGUAAAAAAACUCACACCUCAAGUGUCAUAAAUCCUGAUCCUGAAUGACACAAGAAUAAUCACACACACUUGUGUCCACAUGGUUCUCACACGCUUGUGUCCACAUGGUUCUCACGUACAGACUGGAUUCUUGUUUUUUGUGUCUCGUCCGACGCCUGAAUCUUGACUUUUGGACACAGUCCCACUUUAGACUCAGUUUAGACCCGGUUUAGACCUGGUUUAGUUCUAGGAUGGUCCCAGUUAGAAUGAUCCCAAAAAAACAACGAACUGUUGCACAGAAAAGUAAAACGGCCGGAUUUGAGCCGUCACAGGACCUGACCUCACUUCCUGUCCCCGCUGACCUCACUUCCUGUCCCUCACUCCCUGGGCCUGUCGUCCACGGAAACGGCCUGAGCCUCGGCUGCUGCCCCUGUGUGUGUGUGUGUGUGUGUGUCUGUGUGUGUGUGUGUGUCUGU